CCCACUCCAGCCAGCAGAUGGCGACGAGCGUCGUUCAGUUGUCUCUUCUUGCGUGACGUAUAAUGGACUGGACGGACGCUUCUUCAGGAACAACAAGGCGCCAACUCUUUCGACUACGUCGGUAGCUUGCUAGCCAACAUAAAAGUGAAAGAUUGACGCUUUAGACCAUCUUAAUGUACAUUAUCUAAUCUCAGUGUUUUAAACACAGUUCUGUUGACGUAUUAACUGGUUAACUGUAACCUAAUUUGCAAACUUGUUCAAGAUUUAUGCUGAGCCUAGCCCUAGGCUAUUCGCUAAUGCUAACUAACUAUAGCUAACAUCCCUGACCAUGAGUUCAUUAAACUACUCAUCCCUGCUAUAGAAGAGGAGGUCUGCUGUUUGGAGAAAGACGUUCUGGCGCUGAACAUUGAAGAAGAGGAUGAGGUUACAGUGAAAGAAGAGAAAGGACCUUUUAGAAUGAAAAAGGAGGAAGAUGAGACUGUUAUAGUGAAGGAAGAAGAUGCUGUUAUAGUGAAAGAACAUUUCAGAAUGAAAAAGGAGGAAGAUGAGACUGUUAUAAUGAAGGAAGAAGAUGCUGUUAUUGUGAAAGAACAUUUCAGAAUGAAAAAGGAGGAAGAGGAGACUGUUAUAAUGAAGGAAGAAGAUGCUGUUAUAGUGAAAGAACAUUUCAGAAUGAAAAAGGAGGAAGAGGAGACUGUUAUAAUGAAGGAAGAAGAUGCUGUUAUUGUGAAAGAACAUUUCAGAAUGAAAAAGGAGGAAGAGGAGACUGUUAUAAUGAAGGAAGAAGAUGCUGUUAUAGUGAAAGAACCUUUUAGAAUGAAAAAGGAGGAAGAGGAGGCUGUUAUAGUGAAGGAAGAAGAUGCUGUUAUAGUGAAAGAACAUUUCAGAAUGAAAAAGGAGGAAGAGGAGGCUGUUAUAGUGAUAGAAGAGAAAGAACCGUUUAGAGAGGAAGAGGAUGCUAUCUCAAUAAAGGUGAAGGAGGAAGACGUUUUUGGAGUGAAAGAGGAAGAGACAGAAUAUCAGAUUAACACCAGAGAGAGACAUGACUAUGGUGGAUCCUCUGGGGAGCUUCAACAACAUCCUGAUGCUGACGAGGAAGAGAAGAGUCUCUCCAGAUCAGAACACAAGAUGGACAACACUAGCCCUUCCUCCCUCCUGGAGUCCCUGUAUCGUGCCUCUCCCGGUAGCACCUUACUGCUGGGUAUGAAGAAGUUGUCUGUGCUGCUGGUGGACUGCAGGAAAACAACGGGGCUGAGUGGAACUGUGAGAGGAGGAGAAGAGAAGAAAGGAUCAGAUUUGACACCACAAAGAGAAAGGCCAGACUCGGAGGAACCAGAGCCAGGGACGUCCAAACUAGCAAGACGACACCACUGCUCCCACUGGAAAGUGUCAAAAGAGUUGUAA